AUGCUUGCACAGAAUCAGGUGCCCGGUCUAGUCCCGGACAAGCUGGUUCUCUGUCCCCCUGCGUCGACCUGCGCCUCGCUCGCCAUGUCUGCCGCCUUGGUGCUCGUGGCCGUCCUCCUGGCGCCCUCCUGCUCGGCCGCCCCCGACCGACGGCGCCUGUCGGCCGACGGCUACUACCAGUUCACGGCCCUCGACGACCUCGGCCUCCCCGUGCUGUCCUUCGUGAGCACGUCGGGCGGCGUCCAGGCGGUCCUGCCUCCGGGCGCGGCCACAGAGACGCCUCUGGCGGAGGGCCAGGUGAGCAGCGGCGCGGCCUCGGGGACGGCGAAGCCCGACGGCGCCGUCGUGGACGAGACCGUGGAAGGCGUCCCGAUCGGCAUCCCUUCGGCGUCCGUGGGCGAGGGGCCGGUGCGGGACGUCGUGCGGCCCACGGCGAGGCCCGCCCCCGUCAGGGACGUCCUGGUGGAGGUCCCUGCCGGGGAGGUCGCCCUCGUCAACAUCACCGUCGUCCAGAUUCCUGCUGGGGGAGGCGCCCCUGGGACGGGCCCGGUGAGGGACGUCCUCGCGGGCGCCACUCCCGUCAUCGUCUCCUCUCCCGAAGGCGUCCCCGUCGAGGCGUCCGUCGUCGGCGCUCCCCCUCCUGUCGCCCCCCCCUCCGGCGACGUCUCUCCCGAAGGCGCUCCUGUCGAAGGGUCCGUCGCCGUCGUGGAUCCUGCCGUCGACGAGGCUCCCGUGGAGGCUGUCGUGGUCGAGGGGGCCCCCGAGGGCGCCGACCCCGUCGGCGAGCAGCACCCGGCGGGCGGGCCGGACGGGGAGCUGCCGGCGCGCGGCGCGGGCGGCCAGUCAUCCGAGGAGGAGGACAAUUAGCGGGAAUGACGCCCUCUGUCCAGUUGCGUUUCCUUUUUAGCGUAGAAGAUCCAUUUAGGAAAAAGAUUAGAGGGAAAAAGAAAGGUUUGGUAAGAAGAAAUAGCAAAGUAUAUGAAAUAAAUGAAGUACAUAGGAGGUUA